AUGAGGCCAACAUUAUCUUCAAAAGCACUUUCUGCAUUUCUAAAACCAGGUUUGUUCAAAUCAGCGUCCAAAGACAUCCCAUAUGCGGCAUCUGGAGUUAAUUUCGCGGUAAAUGUAUGUAUUACUUCUCUCUAUGGGGUAGCUCUCUGGACUUUCUAUAAGGAUUACAUGACAACCAAACGUGCAAAUUUGCGUAGAGUAACUGACAAUGCUAAGGACAGACCUGCUUUUUUAAAAGAUAUUCAGAAGGAGAUACACGAUGCCCCAAACAGAUUGUUCCAUUCAGAUCGUGAAGAUGAGCAGCAGGAGAGGGGCAACUUUAGAAGAACAAUCCAUUCUUUAACAUUUGGCGAUGUUUCCAUGUUCUGUCUUGGCUGGGGGUUCCUAAUUCAACUGUGUAACGUCGGAUUGGCAGUUCAGGGUAGGCAAUCCAUUGUCUACAGAGGCGGACUAGCAGGUGCUCUGACAUUCCCCCCUCUAGCAUACUUUAUAUGGAGACAAAGGUUGCACAGACUGGAAUCUGAGGGUGUUCAAAUAUACUGA